UUUGGGCGUUCUCGGCACAGUGGUCGCCGCACCAGAGAAAAUGCAGACCCGCGAACUUUCUUUCUUCCAUGCACCUGGAGACGUUUCGGAACUUUCUUGUUCACUUCAAGAGCUCUCUGAAUCUCUAGCUUCGCUCCUUUUCGAAAGGUAUUGUCUCUCUAUGAUUCUCCUCAUAUGCCAAAAUUUCAAUCUUUUCCCUUUCAGCAUCCGAUCUGAAUGUAGCUAAAAGACAUUUGAUCGGUUUAUAUCUUUUUGUGAAUCGCGUUUCCAAUGGUGAAGUUUGGGUUUUUAGGGUUUGGAUCUUGUUUGUUCUUCUUUUCGUAUUUUUUGUUUGUGUUGUGCAAUGCUGAUUCUAGUGGAGGCUGCUCCAAGAACAGUUCUCUGGUGGGCUUCGAAACGGAAUUUGUUAUGGUUCAGCAUCAGGUGAGAGGGGUCUUUAGGUUGAUUGAUGAUUGUUCGUUUAAGGUAAGCGAAUUUGAUAUGCUGGAGGGUUCUGAUGUUCACUGGUGGGGUGCCGUUGGUGGUACUUUCGAAAAUUUGACGAUGGGGUUCGUGAUCUCUGAUGACAAGUUGAAUAAGACUUAUAAAAACGAAAGUUUUGUAGUUCAUCUGAUGAAGAAUGUUACGUGGGAUCAGAUCAAAGUGGUUUCUAUUUGGGACGAGCCAACGGCUUCGGAUUUUGGUCAUGCUUUGCUUGGAAGCUCUGGAAAUGAUACAGAGGCUUCGAGUCCUGAUUUAGCACCGGCUCCAUCGAUUGCAACCAAUUCGAGUACUCUGAAGAAUAAACAACUGACGAUGUUUGAUAACUGCAAGACUCUCGCAACGAAGUAUCGUCUCCGGUGGACGUUGAGGCCCGAGGAGGAUUUGAUCCACAUAGGUCUUGAGUCAGCUCAAGGUUCUGAAUACUAUAUGGCUUUCGGGUGGGCAGAUCCGAAGUCCUCUUCUGGGCCAAUGCUCCAUGCUGACGUUGCUGUGACAGGGUUCACGGAGGAAGGUAUGCCUUUCGCUGAUGAUUAUUACAUUACCAAGUACAGUGAAUGCUUGCUGAGCAAGGAUGGCACAGUCCAGGGGGUUUGUCCUGACACCAUCUACGAGGGAUCUGAUCCCGUUGGAUUGGUGAACAACACCAGGUUGGUUUAUGGUCACAGGAAGGAUGGAGUGUCCUUCAUUCGUUAUCAGCGGCCUCUCAAAUCAGUUGACAAGAAGUAUGAUGUACCUGUGAAUCAUACCAGCAACAUGACUGUAAUUUGGGCUCUAGGAUUGAUAAGGCCUCCUGAUGCUCUCCGUCCAUAUUACCUUCCCCAAAACCAUGGUGGUCCCCGGUUUGUGUCUUAUGGGUACCUGGUCCUCAAUGUUUCAGAGCAUGUGAAUGAUUGCCUUGGACCAAUAGAGGCAGAAGACAGGGAGGAUCAGGAUCUUAUUUUUGCAGAUGGAAAGACUCCAUUGGUUGUUGUGACGGGCCCAGCAUUGCAUUACCCAAAUCCUCCCAAUCCUUCCAAAGUUCUCUACAUUAACAAGAAGGAGGCUCCUGUGUUGAGGGUAGAAAGGGGGGUUCCAGUAAAAUUUUCUAUACAAGCUGGGCAUGAUGUUGCACUCUACGUUACUUCUGAUCCAAUUGGUGGGAAUGCAACCUCCAGAAACAGGUCUGAGGUUAUCUAUGCUGGAGGACCAGAAGCUGAGGGAGUUCAAGCCAGUCCUAUGGAGUUAGAUUGGAUACCUGAUAGGAACACUCCAGACCAAGUUUAUUAUCAGUCACUUUAUGCGGAGAAAAUGGGUUGGAGAGUUAAGGUGGUUGAUGGUGGGCUCUCUGAUAUGUAUAAUAACAGUGUUGUUCUGGACGAUCAGCAAGUUACUUUAUUUUGGACAUUGUCAGAUAGUUCGAUAUCUAUUGCUGCACGGGGUGAGAAGAAAAGUGGUUAUCUUGCAAUAGCUAUUGGUAGUGGAAUGGUGAAUAGCUAUGCCUACGUUGGUUGGAUCGACAAUAGUAGCCAAGGUCGGGUAAGCACUUACUGGAUUGGUGGAAAGGAUGCCCUGAGUGUGCAUCCAACUAAUGAGAAUUUAACGCAUGCAAGAUGCAAGUCCGAAAAUGGCAUCAUCACUUUUGAAUUUACUCGUCCCUUGGAUCCUUCCUGUAGCCGAAGUGAGAGACAAGAAUGCAACAAUAUCAUUGAUCCAACUACUCCUCUUAAACUUGUUUGGGCCAUGGGUGCUCGGUGGUCAGAAGACCAUUUAAGUGAGAGAAAUAUGCAUUCUGUUACAAGCAGUAGGCCUGUUCGAGUGAUGCUUAUGCGUGGGUCAGCCGAGGCUGAAGAGGAUUUACGACCGGUUUUAGCUGUACAUGGAUUUAUGAUGUUUGUUGCGUGGGGUAUCCUGCUUCCAGGUGGAAUAUUGGCAGCUAGGUACUUGAAACAUCUGAAGGGUGACGGGUGGUACCAGACUCAUGUCUAUUUGCAGUACUCAGGUUUAGCAAUUAUUCUACUUGGUGUUCUUUUUGCUGCUGCUGAGCUACGAGGUUUCUUCAUCAACUCUGUACAUGUUAAAUUUGGAGUUACUGCUAUAAUUUUGGCCUUUAUACAGCCAGUGAAUGCCUAUCUAAGGCCUAAAACACCUGCUAAUGGAGAAGUGUUGUCGUCAAGAAGAGUCCUUUGGGAGUAUAUCCAUGUUAUUGUUGGGAGAAGUGCUAUUGUUGCUGGGAUUGCGGCACUUAUUAGUGGGAUGAAGCAUUUAGGAGACAGAUAUGGCGAUGAAAAUGUUCAUGGACUGAGUUGGGCUUUGAUAAUUUGGUUUUUGCUGGGUGCAUUAUUAGUUGUGUGCUUAGAGUACUCUGAGAUGAAGAGAAGGAAAAGAGACAGAAGCAUAGGUAAAAGCAAUUGGGUGUUGGGGAACACAGAAGAAGAUGAUUCUGCUGAUCUUUUACCCUCAAACAGAACAUUUAUGGAACAAGAGUCACAUUCUUCUGAAAGAAUGGAAGUACAACUAGAACCUCUUAGCAGAUAGGCCUGUUGGUUGUGUUUUAUUUACUUGGGACAAACUCUUCUUAUUCUUCAGUCAGAGAAAUUUUCCAACGUGUAGAGGUAUUUGUGGCCUUGUGGAUCCUUCUAAGAAAAUAUUUGCAUUUUGAGGAUUAGGGUUUACUCAUUUAAUUAUCUGUAACAGGUUUGUCGUCUAGAGUAAUAACCCUGUAACAUGUAAUUUGUAUACCUGAUACAUUUUUGGUACAACAGAAUAUUAAUUGUAUUAUGAGAGUACUUUCAUUUUCCAACUCA